GGCGCGUGCCCAGGACAGCGGCGGCGCGCGGCGGCGGGGGGCGGUUAGGUUGCGCGCCGGCCCUGGUGGACGCCGGCGCAGCCGCCAUGCAGCUGACGGUGAAGGCGCUCCAGGGCCGCGAGUGCAGCCUGCAGGUGCGGGAGGACGAGUUGGUGUCCACACUGAAGCAGCUGGUCUCAGAGAAGCUGAACGUCCCCGUGCGCCAGCAGCGGCUGCUGUUCAAGGGCAAGGCCCUGGCAGAUGGGAAACGACUCUCUGAUUAUAGCAUCGGGCCCAAUUCCAAGCUCAACCUAGUGGUCAAACCCCUGGAGAAGGUGUUACUGGAAGAAGGCACUGCCCAGAGACUGACUAACUCCCCACCCCUGCACGUCUGGCAGCUAAUCUCUAAAGUCUUGGCACGCCACUUCAGUGCAGCGGAUGCCAGCAGGGUCCUGGAACAACUACAGAGGGAUUAUGAGAGGUCCCUGAGCCGCCUGACGCUGGAUGACAUCGAACGCUUGGCCAGCCGCUUUCUGCACCCUGAAGUGACUGAGGCUAUGGAGAAGAAGUUCUCUAAAUAGCAUUCUUGGAAUAUGGGGAGGAGCCCAAGGGCAGGCCACAGCUGCAUGUUACAUUAAAUGUGUUCUCAUGUUGCA